AGGCGGUUGGUGGGGCUGGUGGGGUACAGGGACGCGGCGCGGGCGGCGGUUUGCGGGCAGCGGGCGGGCCGGAUCUAGCGACCCGUGUCCUGCCGUCUGGUCCCGGCAGGGCUGUGCGCGGCUGCACUGUGCGCGGCGGCGGCCAAACGAACGCGGCGCGAGAGAGGCGCCCGCGGCUGGGCCCAUGGCCUCCUGCGCGAGCAUCGACAUCGAGGACGCCACGCAGCACCUGCGGGACAUCCUCAAGCUGGACCGGCCCGCGGGGGGUCCCAGUGCAGAGAGCCAGCGGCCAUCUAAUGCCUACAAUGGGGAUCUCAAUGGGCUUCUUGUCCCAGACCCCCUCUGCUCAGGUGAUGGUACUUCAACAAACAAGCCUGGUCUCCGGGCCAUGCCACCUAUUAACCUUCAGGAAAAGCAGGUCAUCUGCCUCACAGGAGAUGACAGCUCUACAUGCAUCGGGAUUUUAGCCAAGGAGGUGGAGAUUGUGGCCAGCAGUGACUCUAGCAUCUCAAGCAAAGCACGGGGCAGCAACAAGGUGAAAAUCCAGCCUGUGGCCAAGUAUGACUGGGAGCAGAAAUACUACUAUGGCAACCUGAUUGCUGUGUCCAACUCCUUUUUGGCCUAUGCCAUUCGGGCUGCCAACAAUGGCUCGGCGAUGGUGCGGGUGAUCAGUGUCAGCACUUCAGAGCGGACCCUGCUCAAGGGCUUCACAGGCAGUGUGGCUGAUCUGGCCUUUGCACACCUCAAUUCCUCACAGCUGGCCUGCCUGGAUGAGGCAGGCAACCUGUUUGUGUGGCGCUUGGCUCUGGUUAAUGGCAAAAUUCAAGAAGAGAUCUUGGUCCAUAUCCAGCAGCCAGAGGGCACGCCACUGAACCACUUCCGCAGGAUCAUCUGGUGCCCCUUCAUCCCUGAGGAGAAUGAGGACUGCUGUGAGGAGGGCAGCCCAACAGUGGCCUUGUUGCAUGAGGAUCGGGCUGAGGUGUGGGAUCUGGACAUGCUCCGCUCCAACCACAGCACUUGGCCUGUGCGUGUCAGCCAAAUCAAGCAAGGCUUCAUCGUGGUGAAAGGCCACAGCACCUGCCUAAGUGAAGGGGCCCUCUCACCUGAUGGUACUGUGCUGGCUACUGCAAGCCAUGAUGGCUUUGUCAAGUUUUGGCAGAUCUACAUUGAGGGGCAGGAUGAGCCAAGGUGUCUGCACGAAUGGAAGCCUCAUGAUGGGCGGUCCCUUUCCUGCCUCCUGUUCUGUGAUAACCACAAGAAACAGGAUCCUGAAGUCCCUUUCUGGAGGUUCCUUAUUACUGGCGCUGACCAGAAUCGGGAACUGAAGAUGUGGUGCACAGUGUCCUGGACCUGCCUGCAGACCAUUCGGUUCUCCCCAGAUAUCUUCAGCUCAGUGAGUGUGCCCCCCAGCCUCAAGGUUUGCCUGGACCUCUCGGCAGAAUACCUUAUUCUCAGUGAUGUGCAACGGAAGGUUCUCUACGUGAUGGAGCUGCUGCAGAACCAGGAGGAGGGCCGUGCCUGCUUCAGCUCCAUCUCUGAGUUCCUGCUCACCCAUCCUGUGCUGAGCUUCGGUAUCCAGGUUGUGAGUCGCUGCCGGCUGCGGCACACUGAGGUGCUGCCUGCCGAGGAGGAGAAUGACAGCCUAGGGGCUGAUGGGACCCAUGGAGCUGGUGCCAUGGAGUCUGCAGCUGGUGUGCUCAUCAAACUCUUUUGUGUACAUACUAAGGCUUUGCAGGAUGUGCAGAUCCGUUUCCAGCCACAGUCGAACCCUGAUGUGGUGGCCCCGCUCCCCACCCACACCACCCAUGAGGACUUUGCAUUUGGAGAGUCUCGGCCUGAACUGGGCUCUGAGGGCCUGGGGUCAGCUCCUCAGGGCUCCCAGCCUGACCUCCGACGCAUUGUGGAGUUGCCUGCACCUGCUGACUUCCUCAGUCUGAGCAAUGAGACCAAGCCCAAGCUGAUGACACCUGACGCCUUCAUGACACCUAGCACCUCCCUGCAGCAGAUCGCUGCUUCCCCCAGCAGCAGCAGUAGCAGCUCCAGCUCCAGCUCCAGCUCCUCCUCUCUCACAGCCGUGUCUGCCAUGAGCAGUACCUCAGCUGUGGACCCCUCCUUGCCCAGGCCACCUGAGGAGCUGACCUUGAGCCCCAAGCUGCAGCUGGAUGGUAGUCUGACAAUGAGCAGCAGUAGCAGCCUACAAGCAAGCCCACGCAGCCUCUUGCCCAGCCUACUUCCAGGUCCAGCUGACAAACUGACUCCCAAAGUACCUGGGCAGGUGCCUACUGCUGCCUCUGCACUAUCACUGGAGCUGCAGGAAGUGGAGCCCCUGGGGCUACCCCAGGCUUCUCCUAGCCGCACCCGUUCCCCUGAUGUUAUAUCCUCAGCUUCCACUGCCCUUUCCCAGGACAUCCCUGAGAUUGCAUCUGAGGCCCUGUCCCGUGGUUUUGUCUCCUCUGCCCCUGAGGGCCUUGAACCAGACAGUAUGGCCUCAGCUGCCUCAGCACUACACCUGCUGUCCCCACGGCCCCGGCCAGGGCCCGAACUUGGCUCCCAGCUUGGCCUGGAUGGAGGCCCUGGAGAUGGGGAUCGGCAUAGUACCCCUUCCCUUUUGGAGGCAGCACUGACCCAGGAGGCCACAGCCCCUGACAAUCAGGUCUGGCCUACGGCACCAGACAUUACUCGUGAGACCUGCAGCAGCCUGGCGGAGAGUCCCAGGAACGGUCUCCAGGAGAAGCACAAGAGCCUGGCCUUCCACCGACCACCUUAUCAUCUGCUGCAGCAACAUGACAGCCAGGAUGCCAGUGCUGAGCAAAGUGACCAUGAUGAUGAGGUGGCUAGCCUUGCCUCUGCUGCAGGGGGCUUUGGCACCAAAGUUCCCACUCCCCGGCUACCGGCCAAGGACUGGAAGACCAAGGGUUCUCCUCGAGCCUCACCCAAGCUUAAGAGAAAGAGCAAGAAAGAUGACGGGGAUUCGGCCGUGGGGUCCCGGCUCAUGGAGCACCAGGGGCCAGAACCUCCUGAGGACUGGCCGGCACUGAUUUGGCAACAGCAGCGCGAGCUGGCGGAGCUGCGUCACAGCCAGGAGGAGUUGCUGCAGCGUCUUUGCACCCAGCUCGAAGGCCUGCAGAGCACCGUCACGGGCCACGUAGAACGCGCUCUAGAGUCACGGCACGAGCAGGAACAGCGGCGGCUGGAGCGGGCACUAGCUGAGGGGCAGCAGCGGGGUGGGCAGCUGCAGGAGCAGCUGACACAACAGCUGUCCCAGGCGCUGUCUUCGGCCAUAGCUGGGCGGCUAGAGCGCAGCAUACGGGAUGAGAUCAAGAAGACGGUGCCUCCAUGUGUCUCCAGGAGUCUGGAGCCAGUGGCAGGCCAGCUGAGCAACUCAGUGGCCACCAAGCUCACAGCCGUGGAGGGUAGCAUGAAAGAGAAUAUCUCCAAGCUGCUCAAGUCCAAGAACUUGACAGAUGCCAUUGCCCGAGCAGCUGCAGACACAUUACAGGGGCCAAUGCAGGCUGCCUACCGUGAAGCCUUCCAGAGUGUGGUGCUGCCAGCCUUUGAGAAGAGCUGCCAGGCCAUGUUUCAGCAGAUCAAUGAUAGCUUCCGACUGGGCACGCAAGAAUACUUGCAGCAGCUAGAGAGUCACAUGAAGAGCCGGAAGGCACGAGAACAGGAGGCACGGGAGCCUGUGUUGGCCCAGCUGCGGGGCCUGGUCAGCACACUGCAGGGUGCCACUGAGCAGAUGGCAGCCACUGUGUCCAGCAGUGUUCGAGCUGAGGUGCAGCACCAGCUGCACGUGGCUGUGGGCAGCCUGCAGGAGUCAAUUUUAGCGCAGGUACAGCGCAUUGUUAAGGGUGAGGUGAGUGUAGCACUGAAGGAGCAACAGGCCGCCGUCACGUCUAGCAUCAUGCAGGCCAUGCGUUCAGCCGCUGGCACACCUGUCCCCGCUGCCCACCUCGACUGCCAGGCCCAGCAAGCCCAUAUCCUGCAGCUGCUGCAGCAGGGCCACCUCAAUCAGGCCUUCCAGCAGGCCCUGACUGCUGCUGACCUGAACCUGGUGCUGUAUGUGUGUGAAACUGUGGACCCAGGGCAGGUUUUUGGGCAGCCACCCUGCCCACUCUCCCAGCCUGUGCUCCUUUCCCUCAUCCAGCAGCUGGCCUCUGACCUUGGUACUCGAACUGACCUCAAGCUCAGUUACUUGGAAGAGGCUGUGAUGCACCUGGACCACAGUGACCCCAUCACUCGGGACCACAUGGGCUCCGUCAUGGCCCAGGUGCGCCAGAAGCUCUUCCAGUUCCUGCAGGCUGAGCCACACAACUCACUUGGCAAAGUGGCCCGGCGUCUCAGCCUCAUGCUGCACGGCCUCGUAACCCCUAGCCUCCCUUAGCUAAGCCUGCCUUGCCCAGGGGUGGGGAGGCACUGAAGGCCAGCAGACAGGCCUAGGCCAAAGCAGGGUCAUGUCUAUUCUUUUACCUGCUCAGGCUCCCACCUCUGAGGCGUGUGAGGGGAGAGCACGGCUGUGGUAUAUAGGUUGUGGUAGCCAGCAGGUUCAGGCUGGGCCCAGGGUGGGCAUUGUGCCUUCUUGGGUUCUUCCAUGCCUGGAGCAUGACCCCUGAGAUCGUGACACCACUGGAGUUGAAUUUUCCAUGUUCCUUUUUACCUCCGAUUUGGAUCUUUUUGUUUUUGAAAAAUAUUGAGAAAUUCAAUUAAAUGCUUUUGGAAUAAAAUGGAGUAUGUGUGUGCUUUUGGGGUGACUUUGAUAAGGGCCUCUCAUCUCUCUCUCCUCUUUUUCCUGUGUGGAGCUCUGUCCAGGCUAACCCAGGUGCCUGAACACCCACCCUCAUCUGCACAGCCGCCUUCCCAGAUCCCCGAUCCACCUCUGAGACAGGGGCCCUGGGUCAGCUCUGCAACUGCCCGGAUCCCCAGCUCUUCUCUCUGGGGUCCCUCCCCUCCUCCUCUCUGGGUACUGGGGCGGGGCCACCAGCUGGCUUUGGGCCCCGCCCCCGGCUCCCAUCCAAUCACAAUCCUUUUUUACGGGGGCUGGGCCGAAGGGCUGUGCUUCCAAGCUGCUAGCUCCAGCACUAGGCUCCCAGCAGGGGAUGAUGCGGGGAUGAUGCGCAGAUACUGCUCCUGUCACCACCGCCAGCCACUGCCCCGACCUUCUGCCGUGCUGGGGCUGUUGCUGCUGUUGCUACCACUCGGUGAGUGUGGGAGUGCUGGACCCAGCUUAACGGCUGGGCAGCACACUCCCAGUCUAGGUAUAGGGCAUGUGAGA